AUGGAGUUCAACGACCAUCGCUUUGCGACCAACCCCGAGGAAGGGGCUGAGUUCUACGACGGUGCACAAGUCUUGUACUAUGACUUGAUGGGCCUGAUUCCACGCGGUCGCUUCGUCGAACAUUUUUACCAUAUUGGACCGUACUUCGCCAAGUCUCACAUCGGAUACAAGGACAUGGAAAUCAUUGCCACUGCUCCCGACUUCGGAUUCUGCAACAUGGAACAGCAUUACUACGGCGUUAGCACCGACGGUCACAAGUUUGACUUUAAAUUUCGUUACACUGGCCUGCUGAAAAAGAGAGAUGGUGUCUGGAGGUGGAUCCAGGAACAUGUGUCGUUCCCGGCCAAUAUUGCCACCCAAAUGGCCGAUUUCACCUGCAGUCAAGACGCCGGCGAACAUUUGAGGAUGAAGGACGAGGACAACAAGAAGAGAGAGGAGCUCGACAAGGCUCAGGCCUAG